GGGUCGAUGGUUAUAAUUUAAUUUUUAUUUCUUUCUUUUUAAUUUUUACAUCGAUAAAAAGACUAAUUAAAUUGGCAAGCUUUUAUCUUGCGUAACCACAUAAUUCAAUAUUAUGAAGGAAUUUAUCUAGAUAAGUCAUAAAGCAAUAGCAAAACGUAUAUCAAAAUCAGUAGUAUCAGUUUUAUGGCUGCAGUUUUAUCAAAAUCAGCAAUCUAAACUAAUCAUAAUCAUAAUGUUAUCAUCAUCUUAUUUGCUAUAAUUUUGUUUCAGAUCAUUAUGCCUAAUAAAUAUAACAGAAAAACAUCGCGUGCCUCGUACUCUAAAGAAAACUUAAAGAUCGCGAUAGAGAUUUAAAAACAAAUGAACUUAGUAAAUAUGCAGCUUCGAAAAUUACGGCAUCCCUACAUCUAACCUAAACAACAGUCAUAAAGAAGACAGGCUUAAAAAGCGAAUCUCUUGGAAAGCCACCAGCAAUUCUCUUCAUCUUCACCAUCGACGUCAAAUUCCCCAGUGCCAUUGCCAGUGUUGCCUGCUUUGUCAAAUUUAGUGAAGAAACGUAAAAUAAGUGAUCAUUUUCCAAAAGAAGAAAUAACGUAGAAAAGAAGGUAUCACGCAUGGUAUCUAAGGAUGGUUUACCAUUUCGAGUCUUUUGUACUUCAUCGGAUUUACGAGAACUUUUUAAAGCUAGCGGUUACAACUUGCCAACCUCUGCGAAUUCCGUGAAACGGAUGGUUAUGAAUUACAGUACGACCUUAAAGUAUACUGUGAUUCAAGAUUUUUUAAGGUUGAAAGAAAUCGACCUUACAUUUACUUUGACCUUUGACGUAUGGUCGUCUCCUAGGAAUAGGAGCUAAAUAAAACACAUGCACUUUCUAAAAAAAAAUCUAGAAUUUGGGGUUGAUGCGCAUUUUUGGCAGUUUGCCUUCGAAACUUAUAUCGACAUUUUAAAAAAGAAGCUGUCUGAAUUUGACUUAGAUCUCGAUUCGGAUGUAUGCUGCGUUACAACAGAUGAUACCCGAGUCAUGGUUAAAGUAGGUAGUCUCAUCAAUUCCUACCAACAGUUAAGUUAUGCCCAUGGCAUCCAACUAGCUGUAGUUGAUAUGAUUUAUAAACAAAAUUAUGCAGAAAUAUUAAAUGAAAAAUCAGCUAUUGAAAGUGAGUCAGUAGAUGAAGUAGGAAGUGAAAAUUCAGAGAAGAAUUUACCUGAUGAAGAACUAGAAGAUGAUGCAGCUGGCAACUUUGAAAUAUCAAUUUCUCCAACAAAUCAAGUUAGCCUGGCUCCAGAGUAUGCGGUGGCAAUAAAAAGAAAUUGGAAAAGUGGUUAAAUUAUUUAACAAUUAUCCAACAAAAACGACCUACUCCAAACAUAUAUUUUAAAAGAUUUGGGAAAGAACAUAGCUUUGUUACUUGAUUACAGGACAAGAUGGUCCAGCCUGUCCAAUAUAAUUGCAACUUUUAAUAAUUUAAGAUUAUCUGUUUCAAAAGCUCUGGUCGAUUUAGGGCUCAGUGCAAACCCAGAUUACAUUUUCACGGAUGAGGAAUUUGAAGUACUUCAGGAUCUAGAUUAAAUAUUAAGCCACUGAAAUUUGCGGUUGAAUUUUUAUGAAAGGCGUGAUUCAAAUUUGAUCCCAGCUGAAACAACGUUGAGAUUCGUUGUGCCUAAAUUGGUAAAUAUUAAUAAGUCAAAAAUCUUGUUACCUCAUUAAGGAAGCGGCGAACAAACUUGACCGCAAUUUUAUUAUAUUUACAUAAUCCAUUUAAGUAUGAAGAAGACAAAACUGAAGUAUUGAACGUUGAAACCUUUAAUUUACCUUCAAAUAAUGUAAUACGGAAGGAAAUUCCAGCUAUGCGAAAAAGAUUACAGUUUAAGAUAAACCAAGAAAAAAACUACUUCAACUGCUCAUGAUGAUUCUGAAGAUGACAUACCUCUAAUAUCACUAAGUUCCUAAAGGAAGCUCCUGAUUGCCGAUAUUUGGCAAUAAAGGUCAGUUGAAACUAAAUUGUUGUUAAUAAUUUCUUUCACUUUCGUAUUUUUUUACAAUAUUGGUGUUUAUACGUUAUGUUUAUAUCUUUUCAGGUUGCAUUAAUAUUCGGUAUAAAUGGUGCAUGUAGACGUCAGAUUUGGCCAAUAUCACAACUAAUGAUGUCGAGAACCAUGUGCAAAUUCUUCUUGUCCAGGUCAAAAACACAAAAAAUAAAAUUCCAAGGUCGUUCGCAAUACAGGGGCCUUUUUACGACGUAGUGAAGAAAUUUGUUGCUUUAAGCGUCGUUCAACAAAAGCAACAAAUUUCUUAAAAAUUACCAAAAUGGAAAAUGCACUAACCAACCCAUUGGAAUUAAUAAAUUUGGAGCAAUGCCGAAUAAAAUUACCACUUUCUUAAAUUUGCCUCAAGCACUUGAAUACACAGGGCAGUUUCAGAAGGUUCUCGGCUACAUUGCUCGCCGAUUCAGGUGCGGACUUAUUGACACGAAAACGCCGCCAGCGACUGCAGAACUCAGUGGUCUCGUUUCUCCUACUUUCACUCAAGAGAGUGAGAGAGAGACUGGGGAAAUUGUAACUAAUAAUAACUUGACAACAUUAAAAAGCCAACUGGCAAAGUAAC